ACGUAUAUAGAUAGUCCAGAAUAUUCUCUAAUAAAAAUGGUUAAGAAAAUUCUAAUGAUUUGUUUGGGCAACAUUUGCCGGUCACCAAUUGCCGAAGCUGUUAUGGUCGACACCAUUAAAAAGGCUGGAGUCUCGGAUGAAUGGGAGGUGGAUAGUGCUGCCAUUGGUGGUUGGCAUGUUGGUAAUCCACCAGAUCAUCGUGCCCUGAGUACAAUGAAGAAACACGGUUUACCCUAUACGAAUAGGGCACGACAAAUUAAGGCAAAGGAUUUCGAAGAAUUUGAUUAUAUCUUUGGCAUGGAUGAGGAAAAUAUGGAUGAUUUGGCUAGUCGGGCACCCAAGGGUUCUAAGGCUAAAUUGUUGAUGUUGGGUGAUUUUGGUUUACCCAAAGCGGAACGUAUUAUUGAAGAUCCAUAUUAUCAACGUGGUGAUGCCGGUUUUGAAAAGGCCUAUCAACAGUGUGUGGUCGCCUGUGAUGCUUUCCUUAAAAAGGCUUUGGCCAAUGAAAUAUGAGAUAAUUGUUUCGAGUCAUAAAAUGAU